CCGGCUUUGUCUCACCAUCCUCGGUCGGGGGAGCUUCGCAUCUGGUGUAGUCUUCAGCCUUCCAGCUCUCGUCCGGUGAAUGUGCGAAAUUUUCCUGUUCAGGCAAAUCGGGUAUCAACUUUCCGUGGUGUAAAUGAACGAAGAGGAGAGAUUCACCGGUUUCCAGCAAUGGUUCCGCUUUGUGACCGAACUGGCUCAGUACCUUCUCAGAAAAUCAAUCGAGUUUUGCGGUUUGUUCUCUCCACAGAAUGCCUAUCCUAUGUUUUUAGCCAUGUUUCAUUCUCUCUUUUAUUUUAUUUUCUUCCUCCAACGUAGUGCAAGGUAAUGAUUCACACAGCAUUUACGGAUCUUCCAUUCACAUUAUCUUGCACGUUGAUAUAACAUUUAUAGUCUUAUAUCUUCUGAUGUAGAUAAGCAAGGCAAUAAUUCGUAACUACUGCAUUCACGAAACUAAGCUAGAAUUCUAUAGCAAUGAGCCUUUUUCUUCAGCUUCACACGUAAGCACACAGCCCAAUCGUUUAAGGAGUAAAGACUAGGUUGUGCAAGACAUAUAAAUUGGCAACAGUUUGCUAUAUGUUUUUCAGUAAAUUCACUCAGGCUUGUUUCUCAUUCAUAGCCUCGCCAUCUAUUUCAACUCUAUAUUCAAGAAAUGUCACAAACUACGCAACCCAAUCAUUUUUUGCACGCAACCCCUUCUCAAUGGGACCCCGCGGAGAUACUCAGUCUUAGACCAAAAAUUGAUGGCCGUUUCAACUGCUCAGGGGUCAAAAAGAAGUCUAAUACCCCUUGCCAUUGGGAACUCAGCGAAGACAGCGCAUUGCAUAUUGGUUUUCAACUUGAAAGUAUGUCAAGGCAACGUCCGCAAGAUGCCAUUCAACAUCUAGACGAACUUGCAGCUAGAGCUUUAUGUGACCACCAUCGGGAUCUUCAACAGCGAGUCAAGACGUUCCAAUGGAGAACGGCAAUCGGGAACAUCCAAUUCACCCACGCAUCAUCGGAUAUCUCGGAGUUAGAGGAUCCUUCAACACCGCAACAACCCGAGACAACCCCAACAUCCAUCUCAUCACUUCCAGCCUACAGUACGAUAGCUUCUGGACCUGCUGGCUCAUACUUCCAACGUCAAGGGUGUGAGGAGAGUUUUUCUGCUGCAGAAUCAAACUUCAACCCACUUCAAAAGCAGAUCUGUGAUCUAGAGGAGAAGGUCACGCACCAAACGGACCGCAUCGAUAUUCUUGAGUCUAUCUGCAACGCCAGAUCUUCCGAAAAAACAUCUAGUUCGCCUUGGAAACAUUUGAAGGCUCGCUUUCUGGCUCUUCUCAAGAGACAUGGUUAG